AUGGUGGAUUUGCAUCACAGUGAUGAUGAUGCUUGGGUUGAUCUGGGCCCUGAGAUCUCCCCUGCCCCUCAAAAGCCAGUUGUUGGUAACAAAAGAAAAGCUCAGCGGACAUGUCCUCAGAUGUCCAAGAACCAGCCCAAGCCCAAAACCCAAAAGCGCAAGCUGCCUUCUGCAAGUGCAGAGCUAGAGCUGCCAUCUGAUGAUGAUGGUCUAGUCCUUGACCUGCCAGGGCGGGCUCCAGUGGUUAAGGACACUGAACAUCAGGUAUGUGAUUGCGAGGACUCUUCAUUGAAGGCUGCUGCAUCCCGUGUUGCAUCAGUGGUUGACAACAAGUACAUAGACCUCUUAGACAUCCUGAAAGGCCAAGUUCCUUGUGCUGUGGAGAUGCGAUGCCACCUUUGGGAGAUCUUUUCUGUACCAAGGUGCACCCCCAGAGUUCGUGAAUUGGGUGGCCGUGCACGCCGGAGCUAUGAUAUCAAGCAUUAUUGGGACCUAUCAGCAGAAAGUUUCCAGCGCACAACCAUGCAGGAUGUGUUGCUCCUUAAACCUUUGUGCUUGUUCAUGAGUCCACCAUGCACAAUGGUGUGCAGCAUGCAGCACAGUAACUGGCGCCGGAUCAAGCACAAGGACAAGUUCAUGUGCUUGAAAGAAGCGCUGGACUUCAUUGACUUCUGCGCUUGGCUGGCCUUGCUCCAGCUGACCAUGGGCUUGUUCUUUGCUUUGGAGCACCCGGAGAAAUCCUUAGCGUGGGAUCGGGCUUCGGUGCAGAACCUUACCAAGAAGGAUGGUGUGAAGAAGGUCACCUUUGACCAGUGCAUGUUUGAUCUCCGGGCUCCCUCAGGGAAGUUCCUGCGGAAGAGAACAUGUCUACUUACAAACAGCAAUGCCAUUGUCAUGGCCUUUGACAAAAAGUUCUGUGGUGGCCAUCACGAGCACCAACGGGUGGAAGGCUCAGAAUGUGGCCAGAAGAGGUCUCUACUUGCACAGGUGUACCCAGGGCCAAUGGUGGAUGCCAUAGCUCAUGCUGUGCUGCUAGAAGGCAGCAGAGUCCCUGGUUUCUGA